UCAUGAAGCUCUGGAGUAGCCUGGCCUUGGCCGGCAUUGUGGCUACUCGUGCCGUUGCCACCGAGGUGCUCUCACCGGAUGCGAUCGAGAAAGAUAUAGAAGAGAAAAACCUCCAGAAUGUGCUCUGGAACCUGAACCACAUCGCCGAGAACAAUGGCGGCAACAGAGCCUUUGGUCUCCCCGGCUACAACGCCUCCCUCGACUUUGUCCUGGAGCGCGUCCAGACACGCUUCGCCAGCGAGUUCGACACGUAUGUGCAAAAGUUCACCCACCUUUUCGAAAGCACGAGGAGCAUCUCCGUCACCGGACCCGAGGGCGAGAAUGUCUAUGUCAUUACCCUUCAGUACAACACGGCCACGCCUCUUCCCGGCGGCAUCACGGCCGAGCUCAUUGAUACGCCGGUUGACGACGCGCGGGGAUCUGCGUGCUUCGAAGACCAAUGGGCAGGCAUCGAUGCCACGGGUAAGAUUGCCCUGGUGCGGCGCGGCGUGUGUGCUAUCGCCGACAAGCUCAAGCUGGCCAAGGCUCACGGUGCGCUGGCCGUCAUCUUGUACAACAACGUGCCAGGUGACUCCAUUGGAGGAGCGACCCUGAGUGCCAACAACAUUGGACUGCUGGUCCCUGUCGGAGUCAUUACCGAGGAGUACGGAAAGGGCUGGAAAGCUCGUCUGGCGCAGGGCGAGGUGCUCAAGGCCACUCUUGUCGUGGAUUCGAUCAACGAGCCCAGAGACAGCUGGAACAUCAUCGCGGAGACCAAGGAGGGCGACCCGAACAAUGUGGUCAUGCUUGGUGCUCACCUAGACUCCGUCCAAGCUGGUGCUGGUGUGAACGACGAUGGCAGCGGAACAGCCGGCCUUCUUGAACUGGCCACCGCCUUUAGGAGAUACAAGGGCUUCGCCAACAAGGUUCGAUUUGCCUGGUGGGGGGCGGAAGAGAGUGGCCUCAUCGGCUCGCUGUACUAUGGCAGUCAACUGUCUGAAGCGGAGGCUGAUCGCAUCCGCUUCUACUUCAACUACGACAUGAUUGGCUCCAAGCAGCCCAUCUACGCCGUCUAUGCUGAUACAGACGCCCACAAGUCUGGAGGCUCCAUCUUGUUUGACUACCUGCAGUCCAAGGGCAAGCCAGUUUACUAUGGCGGAUUUGGAUCCUCUUCGGAUUAUGUUGCCUUUUUGGAGCUUGGCAUACCCUCUUCUGGAAUUUUCACCGGUGCUGGUGCUCCAGAGGACGCGUGCUACCACCAGGCCUGUGACAACCUCGACAACAUCAACUGGGAGGCCAUCACUCUCAACACCAAGGCUGCUGGUCGUGCGGCGGCACAGCUCGCCUUGAGCCUGGAUGGCAUCCCUCCUCGAGAGAAGACGAGCCCCAACCCCAGCAGCAGACGGGCCAUUGAGAGACGGCUCAACCGGGCGGCCCAGCUCACCAAGGUGAUUGAGAAGUCUCACAGCUGCGGAGGCUUGGGUGACCACACUGUAUGAGGCACAACAUGACUGCAUUGGAGUAGGAUGAAGUGUCAUUAAAGUAGCCGUUAGUCAUUAUUUGUUAUUGCUAUGGUCAAUGAUGAGAGGGCAAGUUAUGCCUCGCUGCCGAAUGCUAUGAGCCAGUCCCUGUAAUCGCUAACCUUUGCUGAUGUUCCUGGUACUGAAGGUACUGAAUGGUUGUGGACUGGAAGUUGGAUCUUCUUAUUUUUCCCGGCUCAUGUUU